AUGGCCCGGACGCCAAAUCGACGGAAGGCGAAGACAAAAGCGGGGCCCAAGCCGAAGCUCGCAGGAGCAGCGGCCGGGGCAGGGGCAGGGGCAGGGGCAGGGAGUCGCGCAAAGCCGUCGAGCGUACGAGUGGACCAACGCAUCCGGCAGAACGCGAUAAACGACGCGGAGCUACGCGCCAAUGCGCAGACGAUCCUCUCUGCGAUCCACGAGUCUCGGCCAAGGAAUACGACCUCGGCGUACGCACCGAAGCAAGAGGAAUUCGAGCAAUUCUGCCGCCACAAACAGUACUGUGACGGCGCUACGGUCACAGAGGAGAAGCUCCUCCUCUUCCUCGUCGAGGAGGUGGCCGGUCGGCCCUUGAAGGUCAGGAGCCGCAAGGCCGCCACUGAUACUCCGCAGGACGAGACCCGCCUGGCCUGGCGGUCGGUCCGAACUUAUGUCACCGCAAUCACGGAUCUUUACCGGACGCAGAAGGCCCUCGGAAUGAAUACGCACCCGUCGCCGCGCGAGGACAACGUACGAGAGUACCUCAAGUCCCUACAGCGCCGGGACGCCCAACGAGACAGGGAGAACUAUGCCGAUAAAGGCCGCGAUACUCUGCUCGAUGGUUACUCGGAGUCCGAGUUCGAACGAGUAUGCCACGAGCUGUGGGCCCACAGCGGCACAUCGCCCGAGUGUCAUUUUCGGACCCUCGUGGAUCUCCUCUUUGGCCAUUAUCUUCUCACCCGUGGCGGCGAUCGUCGGGCUGCAGAGAUCUCAGACCUAUUCACCUUUGAGUUUGCCGGGGAGGGCUCGACCCGGUGCAUGCCGCUCAUCUUUACGACACGAGCCGGCAAGCAGAACCAGCACGGCCGCCUCGAGACCGCCGGCGCGUAUCGGAAUAGGAACCCGCUAAUCUGCAUCUUGGGUGGCCUCUCGUUCUACCUCUUGUAUCGUUGGGAUCUCGGUAGUGAGCCGUUUCCCGAUUUCAGCAGGCGGUCCUCGUGGUACGACAUCCGGCUAAUCAAGGGUAACGGCACCGGCCGGACGGCGGCUUUCUCGUACAACUCACAGCGCGAGUGGGUUGUCAAGGCCUUCGCCUACGCCGGCGUCACGUCGCAGAAGAAGACGCAUAUCGGCCGCAGCUCGGGGCGAGGACGGCUGAACUAA